UUACGUCACUGCAGUUUUCACGUGGUGCUUCUAAACAUCAUGGCGGCUGGUUUCAAAACUGCAGAGCCUUUAGAAUAUCACAGGAGCUUUUUGAAAGAAAACUGUCGUCCAGAUGGAAGGGAAUUGGGAGAGUUUAGACCCACAACCUUAAAUAUUAGCUCCAUAUCUACAGCCGAUGGAUCAGCAAUGGUGAAAAUUGGAAACACCACAGUGAUUUGUGGGAUAAAAGCUGAAUUAACUACACCACCCUCUGAUGCUCCAAAUAAAGGAUAUAUAGUUCCAAAUGUAGAUCUGCCUCCACUGUGCUCAUCUAAAUUCAGACCCGGACCACCAGGAGAACAGGCUCAGGCGGCCAGCCAAUUUAUCGCAGAUGUCAUUGAGAGUUCAGAUUUAAUAAAUAUGGAGGAAUUGUGCAUUGAAAAAGCUAAGCUUUGUUGGGUGCUGUACUGUGAUAUUAUGUGUUUGGAUUACGAUGGGAACUUACUUGAUGCUUGCAUCAUAGUUUUGCUGGCAGCUUUAAAGAACGCCCAACUUCCUGAAGUCACUAUAAACAAAGAGACAGAUUUAGCAGAAGUUGACAUCCAGAAGAAGAGACACUUGAAGAUCAACCGGCACCCAGUCGGCUCAUCGUUUGCAGUAUUUGAUGAUUCUAUCAUCAUCGUCGACCCCACGGCGGAAGAGGAAAGCUUGUCCACAGCAUUAAUGACUGUGGUAACAGAUGAGAAGGAUCGACUCUGUGCUGUCCACAAACCAGGUGGGACGUCGUUAUCCGGUGAGAAACUACAACACUGCAUCAAUAGAGCCAUAACGAGAAACAAAGAGAUCAGCAAACUAGUGGACAAAGUCAUUGGGAGCAUGAAGACGACAAAAUAAACACACACAGUCGUGACGUUUUUAUCUAAAAGUUGUAUUUUUCACUGUCAAUAUAUACUUUCUUUUUUAUCACAAUAAAACUGCCGACAAAGAUCAUUUACAAAAA